CAACUCAAGCUUAUAAUGAAUUGGUAGAUAUAAUUCAUCAUUCACAGUUUAAGAGUGAAGAUGUAGUAAUGAAUAUUUCAACAUAUAAGUGUGGAGAGUUUAUAGUCUACAAAGAAUUAGUAACAACAAAUAGAUUUGGACAAAUUUUAGCGAUAGUGGAUGUAGAUAGCAAGUUUAAAAUAACAGUCCAACGUAUUUUGACAUUUAAAGAAUUGCCAAAUAACUUAAAAAGUAAUAAUCAAAGAAACAGAUCGUAUAAUGAAUUGUGGUUGUUAGAUAGAGGAAUAGAAAACGCAGUUAUAGUUGUCGAAUUACAGAAUGUUGUAAAAAUCGCCACAAUUGUUAUACUUUAUAAUAAAAAUAACAUUAAUAGUUCUUCUCUGAUUUUUAUUCGUGAGAUUCUUUAUAAGCAUCAAGGACAUUGGAAGUUAAGAGAUGUUGUAUAUGCUUACAAACAUCCAUCAGAAUUUGCUGCAUUAGAGGAUAAAUGCUUCUCAAACAUAAUCUUAAAAAAGUGUAUACCAAAAAAGAAGAUUGAAAAAAAAUUUCCAAAUAAUUCUACAUUUCGUAGAAAACUGGCAUUAAUAUAUCGAGAAAUAGGUUAUGAUUCUGCAUUUGUUGAAGAUUCAUGUCAACACUAUGAAAUCAGUUGUUUUUUAGAAAAUAAUGGGACUGACAAACAGUGUCUGCAUAUCGGUGAUAUUGUUACUAUAGCAUCUGAGAAAGGUGAUUCUACAAUCAAUUUUUAG